AUGUACAAAUAAAGUUAUAAAUAAAAAAUAGUAGACGAUGAGAGACUUUGCAGACAGUGUAGCGAAACUUUGCAUAGAGAAGUAUAAUUCUCUAAAAAAAACUGGUAAACCUACAACUCAUGAAUGGACUGUAUUGUCUGGCAUUAUUCAGAAAGAUUCUGAUGGAUCAUUGUUUCUCGUGGCACUUGCUACAGGGACGAAAUGUUUAGGAGAAUUAGAAUUAAUAAACAACUCUGCAGAAGAAAGAGGUUCACGAUUAAGUGACUCGCAUGCGGAGGUUCUGACUAGGCGUGCAUUUAUGUGUUAUUUGUACGACCAGAUUGACUUGACUCUAAGUGGUUCUGAUAAUGCAAUUUUUAAGCGAGAUAAAAAUAAGAUAGAAUUAAACAGCAGUGUAUCAUUCCAUUUCUUUUCAAGUCAAACACCUUGUGGAGAUUGUUCAAUUUUUCCCAAAGAAGCAAUUUCUGAUGAUAUGCCUCCAUCUAAGAUCAGAAAACUUAAUGAGGAUAUAAAUGGAUAUAUAAUUGCAGAAUCACCUUAUAAAGACAUAUAUAGAACAGGUGCAAAAUGUGUGAAAACAGAGCAGAUACAGGACCCUCACUUGCCUGGUAUGAAUUAUCAUAUAGUAGGUCCUUUACGUACUAAACCAGGCAGAGGAGAUCCAACAAACAGUUUGUCUUGUUCUGAUAAGAUAGCAAAGUGGCUCAUCCUUGGACUGCAAGGAUCAUUUUUGUCAUUGCUGAUACCACCAAUAAAAUUAGAGAGUAUUACAAUUGGAGUUGAUUGUCCUUUUUCCCUGGACGCAAUGGAACGUGGAUUAUAUAAAAGAUUUAAUAAUAAAGUGGAUAGACCCAAGAUCCUUCAAGCAAAACUCAGUUUUGUACACAAAAGAGGAGAGGAACGAUUACAUCCUUGUCCAACUAGUAUUAUAUGGUUUGCUGGGAGGAAUAGCGCACUAGAAGUGGCAGUUGCUGGCAGAAAACAGGGAGUGACAAGAAAAAAGAAAGGUAAUAAUUUACUCACAAGUAGACGAAUGCUUUUGCAAACUUUUUUACAAGUUUUGGAUAAGUAUCAGAAUUACUAUAGUGAAAUAAGGCAUCCAAAGAAGAUCACAUAUUAUGAUUGGAAGCAAUGGUCAACGAUAUAUCAAAACAAGUGGAAACAAUUGAAACUAGGAACAUUUCAUAAUUGGCCAUGUAAACCAAUGAAUUUGCAAAAUUUUACAUUAUAAAAUCAUGAUUUCAUAGAAAUUUAUAAAUGAAAUUUAUAAACAAGUUUUAUAUGUUAUAACCAUAUUAGAUAAGUUAUUUUAUAAGGUAGUAGUAAGUUAGUUUGUUAGUUUUAAGAUAGUUUUUAAGUUAGUUAUAAGAGGAGUAGGAAGGAAAGGGGGAGGAGGGAGUGAGGUGUGUGUGUGUGGCGGGUAGGAACGUGCGAAAAGAAUAGAUUGUAAGAUUUUAUAAAAUUGUAACCUCAUAGGGGAUUAAUAAAAUCCUUACACACACACACACACACAUAUUAUAACCUUAUAUAUUUGUUCUAUAUUUAGUGUAAAAAUAUAUAUUUUAUAUUUUAUACAUUAUAACAUUCGUUUAUUCAUAUUAGUAUAACCUAUGCCUAAACAAGUUAAACGUACUUGUUCUAGUACUACGUCUUCUGCUUCUUUCAAUUCUAUUUUAAAAACAACUCCGAAAAAGUCUCGUAAGUCACGUAAAAAUUGCAUCCUGAAAUUCAAUAAAAUUUGCUCUUUUCC